UGUUUUCAAAUUCUUAUGUUUAAAUCUCAACCUGUCUAAAUUAUGAGAUUAAGAAAUGUAGUAAAGUGCAAUAGAUCAUUCCAUCCAUAGUCAGUUUUAUUUAGGACACUGGUAGCCUUUCAUCUUGUGGUUUUCUCUUCUUGUAACUGACAGGCACAGAGAAAGUCAGCUAAUUUCCGAACUUGUUUCCGUACUUGAUUUAACGGAUUAAGUACUUGUAAUUCUAAAUGAUUACAUGAUUAUAUUUUGUGAUAUGUGAAUUCACUGAUCAGACAAAGAAACUCAAAUGAAUGCAAAAAUAUAGAAAGAGAGCAACAUGUAAGACAGAAAGGUGAACAAAGUUGAAGGAGGCAGUAAGUGUCCAAAGUCACUCUCUUGUGAGUUUUUUUUAUUGUUUUAGUUUUGCAAAGCUGGAAGGGUGGGGGGUAAAGAUCAGUGAGUCAAAGUCUAGAGAGAUUCUGGGAAGGACAGCGAAAAAAGAGAAGGCCUAAUAUUUUGGAACUAGAGAAGGUCUAGGAUUUAUACUAUGUUUAUCAUAGUAAGUUCAAUACUGUUUGAAAUCCUCUCAAUUCAACAAAUGUAAUUGAAAUUCAAUCAUGAAUGCAUAAAAAAGUAUUUCAUUGAUUGAAGUUGAAUAACUGAACCCCCUUUGCAGGACUCCCAGACUACCUAUGUGCUGAACGAUACCAACCCUUUGAGAACAUUGCGCUGGCGGGCACAAUCACCAUGCCCUUUAGUCAUACUCUUUCAUUCAGAUAAUCACUUUGCCCUUUAGUCAUACUCUUUCAUUCAGAUAAUCACUUUGCCCUUUAGUCAUACUCUUUCAUUCAGAUAAUCACUUUGCCUUUUAGUCAUACUCUUUCAUUCAGAUAAUCACCAUGAUUUUAUUGCCAUAAUAAGUGAUACACAAUCUGUACUGAAAAUAAGCAAUAAGUAACAACAUGAACUAUGUAUCAAUUUUGAAGCUCUGUGUUGUAAUUCCCCUUGACCAACAGGAGGCAGUCUAAUCUCACACUACAUGACAUGACUCCUUGAGACUUGUGAUACAGUACUUAAAUGGUUUACUAUUGAAUCAUGUGGGUUUAUGGCUGUGUGGUAAGGUGCAGUGUAGCUCCAGUGUCUGGUGGUCGCUGGCUGUAACAGCAUCUCCAUAUGGAAUAGCUCAGGGUUCCAGUGGAGCUGCUGUUAUGGGCGGAGAGACACCUCUGGUCGUCACCCUGGAUGCACGGUGUUGGCCUAAAUCUACUGUAUGUGAUGUUGUCUAUGUACUUGUAUGUACUUGAAUAGCACUUUCAAUUCUCAUGCAUUUGUAUAGUGUUUAUUUUCACAAUAAAGAUACUGGUAUUUAUGGUAAUUGUCUGUACUUGUCACAGUAUCUGGUCUUUAACACAGCCUACCACAUAUUUGGGCCAACAAUGAACACACACACAAUCAUACACACAGCAGAUUUUUCUUUGGCUAUCAGAUGGGCCACUAUAGAGCUGAGUCCAUCUUUUGGGCCACUAUAGAGCUGAGUCCAUCUUUUAAUAAAUUGCAGAAUAAUGAGGCCAAACCAGCAAUAUGCAGCAGCUGUCACAAGACUGGGUGAGAUAACGAGAAGUCAGGUAUUAAUUGGCUGUUACUUCAUCCUGAUUCCUCACCAUCAUCUGAAUCAGUUUGAGCGAUCAUAGGCCUACGCACUUCAUUAUUUCGCUGGGACAUUUAUUUUGAAGUUCACAUUCCACUUCCUGCGUAUCUCACACACACUCAUGUGUCAGUCAGCCAGCCAGCCAGCCGGUGAACGCGGCCUCGGAACACAAACGGACAGAUCGAAAGCGACACUGCUGUGUCAAACCAGCUCAACAGCCCACCAUGUUCCGCAGUAGGGACAAAAAAACGCCCGAACCGUUCCAGGAUGUUUCGCAAGGGUUGAAAAAACUAUAUCGGACUAAACUCUUUCCCCUGGAGGACACCUACCAAUUCCACGACUUUCACUCACCGUCGCUCGAAGAUGCCGACUUCGACAACAAACCCAUGGUUCUCUUGGUCGGUCAGUACUCGACCGGGAAAACCACCUUUAUUCGGCACCUGAUGGAGCAGGACUUCCCCGGUAUGAGGAUAGGGCCCGAGCCGACGACAGACUCAUUCAUAGCCGUGAUGCACGGUGACCAAGACGGGAUGAUACCUGGAAACGCCUUGGUUGUUGACCCCAAAAAACCCUUCCGCAAACUCAACGCAUUUGGUAACGCGUUCCUCAACAGAUUUAUGUGUGCUCAGAUGCCCAACCCAGUCCUGGAGAGCAUCAGUAUCAUCGAUACCCCUGGAAUCUUGUCAGGAGAGAAACAGAGGAUAAGCAGAGGGUAUGACUUUGCGGCGGUACUGGAGUGGUUUGCGGAACGCGUGGACCGCAUCAUCCUCCUGUUUGACGCCCACAAGCUGGACAUCUCAGACGAGUUCUCUGAGGUGAUCCGCGCCCUGAAAAACCACGAGGACAAGAUGCGCGUGGUGCUGAACAAGGCUGACCAGAUCAACACACAGCAGCUGAUGAGAGUCUACGGCGCCCUCAUGUGGUCGUUGGGAAAGAUCAUUAACACCCCCGAGGUGGUCAGGGUGUACAUCGGGUCGUUCUGGGCCCAGCCUCUCCUGAUCCCUGACAACAGGAAGCUGUUUGAGGCUGAAGAACAGGACUUGUUCCAGGACAUCCAGGGGCUGCCCCGGAACGCAGCGAUACGGAAACUCAACGACCUCAUCAAAAGGGCACGGCUGGCUAAGGUCCAUGCCUACAUCAUCAUCUCUCUGAAGAAGGAGAUGCCCAGUGUGUUUGGGAAGGAGAACAAGAAGAAGGAACUGAUCGCCAACCUGGGAGAGACGUACCUGAAGAUAGAGAGGGAACAUCAGAUCUCCCCUGGAGACUUCCCUAAACUCAAGAAGAUGCAGGAGCUCCUGGCUGGCCACGACUUCUCGAAGUUCGCUACCAUGAAGCCCAAGCUACUGGAGGCUGUGGAGGACAUGUUGGCCAACGACAUCGCUCGCCUCAUGACCCUGGUCCGCCAGGAGGAAGCCGCCAUGCCCAGCCAGGCUGUACACGGAGGUGCCUUCGAAGGCACCAUGUCCGGCCCCUUCGGUCAUGGCUACGGAGAGGGAGCCGGGGAAGGCAUCGACGAGCUGGAGUGGGUGGUGGCCCGGGACAAACCCUCGUACGAUGAAAUCUUCUACACGCUGUCACCGAUCAACGGUAAAGUGUCGGGCGCGGCAGCCAAGAAGGAGAUGGUGAAGUCCAAGCUGCCCAACACGGUCCUGGGCAAGAUCUGGAAGCUGGCCGACGUGGAUAAGGAUGGUUACCUAGACGACGAGGAGUUUGCGUUGGCCAAUCACCUGAUCAGAGUGAAGCUGGAGGGACAUGAGCUGCCGGGUAAGCUUCCGGAACACCUGGUGCCACCUUCUAAACGCCACCAGGAGAUUGAUAUGGGAGAGUGAUGUGGGGCUGGGAGGAAGGGGGGGAAACGCAAUCUGAUGAACCUGGGGAGGGCUGGGUUAGGGAGGGCUUGUUUUGAGUUGUGGGGGAAAUGUUUCUGAAUAUUUGCUGAGGGAGGGUUGGGCGGGUGGACAGUUGGAACUGAUGAAUGGACAUUAAUGCAACAUGUGUUGAUGCUGCAUGAGGGGAUGGGAAACGUGUUAAAAAAAAAUUAAAAUAUACUGUCCAUAUGUUGAUCCAAAGAAACGUAAUGAACUUGUUCUUUUUGGAGAAAAAAGAUUGUAACUUAGAAUUGUUUUAUCUAUAUUUUUGUAUUUCCUGUCUGUUUACUAUGAGAUGUUUUCAAGUUCUUCCAUUUUAUUAUUUUCUCAGAUUAAUAAAAAUGUAAUAUUUAUCCCAAUUAA